GCCGAGCCGGGUGUGCGGCGGGAGAGCCGCUGUGGUGGCGGAGCCGAGAGCGAGGCCGGGAUGGCGGCGCUGGUCGCUCCGCGCCGGAGGUCCGGGGCCGCCGGCCGGCCGUGGUUGGUGCUGCUGUCGCCCCUGCUGCUGGUGCCGCUGCUGGCACGGCCCGCGGGGGCCCUGGUGGAGGGGCUCUACUGCGGCACGCGGGACUGCUACGAGGUGCUGGGCGUGAGCCGCUCGGCGGGCAAGGCGGAGAUCGCGCGGGCCUACCGCCAGCUGGCCCGGCGCUACCACCCCGACCGCUACCGGCCCGAGCACGACGACGAGGGCCCCGGGCGGACGCCGCAGAGCGCCGAGCAGGCUUUCCUGCUGGUGGCGACUGCCUACGAGACUCUCAAGGAUGAAGAAACACGAAAAGAUUAUGACUACAUGCUGGAUCAUCCAGAAGAGUACUACAGGCAUUAUUACCACUACUAUAGCAGGCGCUUAGCUCCUAAAGUGGAUGUGAGGGUAGUGAUUGUGGUCAGUGUGUGUGCUAUUUCAGUGUUUCAGUUUUUUAGCUGGUGGAAUAGCUAUGAUAAGGUAAUCAGCUACCUAGCCACUGUGCCCAAGUACCGCAUCCAAGCUACAGAGAUCGCCAAGCAGCAGGGACUGCUCAAAAAAGCCAAAGAAAAAGGCAGAAACAAAAAGUCCAAAGAGGAAAUUCGUGACGAGGAGGAGAACAUUAUAAAGAACAUUAUAAAAAGUAAAAUAGAUAUAAAAGGAGGCUAUCAGAAACCCCAAAUACGUGAUCUUCUCCUGUUUCAAAUUAUCUUAGCUCCUUUUCAUCUGUGCACAUAUAUAGUCUGGUAUUGCCGGUGGAUCUAUAAUUUUAACAUCAAAGGCAAAGAAUAUGGGGAGGAAGAGAGACUAUAUAUCAUACGUAAAUCUAUGAAGAUGUCGAAGUCUCAAUUUGAUAGUCUAGAAGAUCAUCAGAAAGAAACUUUUCUUAAACGAGAGCUCUGGAUAAAGGAGAAUUAUGAGGUCUACAAACAAGAACAAGAGGAAGAAUUAAAGAAGAAACUGGCAAAUGACCCCAGGUGGAAGAGAUACAGGAGAUGGAUGAAGAACGAAGGGCCUGGACGGUUAACAUUUGUGGAUGACUGAAGAUUGAUGGAUGCUACUAUGCCAAACCCUAAUUGUGAUAUUAUUUUCAUAAACUGAAUUAUUUUAGAAAGUAUCAACUGCUCCUCAGUAGCAACUAAAAUUCCUCAAGAAUUUUAAACAGAAUGUAGAAAUUUAAACUUUCCCUUAAAACUUUAUACAUAAGACAUUUAUGAUUGUUCAGUUUUUAUACUCUAUUUGUGGAUUUGUUAAA